AGGUGGGUUUCCUUCCCGUCUCGGAGCGGUCCGCUGCCAUCCCAUAGGUUUCUAAUUCUCCACUUGGCGUCAAUCCCGUGACCUUCUACCCAAAGCGCCAAAGUACACAGCCCGUAUAUAAGCACCCAAUACGUUUCAAACAUUCCGUUGCCCACAUUCAAAGCCAGCUGCGACAUUGCCACGACAAGCUAGAUACAGCAACCACCCACACAUCCCAAAAUGGUCCUCCAAGUGCACCACAUGGAGAUCUCACAAAGCGAGCGCAUCCUCUUCCUCUGCGAAGAACUCGGCAUCCCCUACAACCUCAUCCGGCACAAGCGCGCGCCCCUGCUUGCCCCUGACUCCCUCCGCCUCCCCGCCAACCCCACCGGCAAAGCCCCCUUCCUAGAAGAUCCGGACGAAGGCGUCGCCCUCGCCGAAAGCGGCGCAAUAUGCGAGUACAUCCUGGCCAAAUCUGGCGACCGGAAGCUCUCGAAGAAGUACGGCGACAAGGGCAUGUUCCUGAUGCAUUCGCAUCUUCCGGCGGACGAUGCAACGAGGGCGUGGUCGCAGGCUAGAUUGGAGGGCGCGCUGAAGCAUGUAGAUGGCUGGUUAGCAAAGAACAAAUGGCUUGCUGGGGAGGACUUCACGGCCGCGGAUAUCAUGACUGUGUAUACGGUGACGACGCAGCGGUAUUUUGGGCCGAGCGUGAGCCUUGCGGCGUAUCCGAAUAUGCUGAGGUGGUUGAAGGAUGUGAGUGAGCGGCCGGGGUAUAGGAGGGCGAUGGAGAAGGGGGAUCCUGAGAUGGAGUUGUUGCUUGGGUCGGAGGCGCCGGGGACGACGUUGAUUAAAGAGGGGGGCAUCGAGUCUGGGAUUUGGAAGAAGAAGUAGGGUCGCUGCAUGCGAUGUUUGAGACCACUGUGGAGUGCACGACAAAGUAAUCCAACAAUGAUUCUGCAUCAUGGCAAGAGCGGCGGCAAGGACGUGAUCUUCAUUGAGCUACCGAGCACCGAGAGCUGAUUUUACACCGUUCAUCGAGGCCAAUCGAUGCCCCACCCGUGUUCAAACCUUCAUACACAAGCCAGCCCCUCCUUAAGCUCCACCAA